UUAUAAAAUGCAUGGGAUUUUCAUGCUAUCAUAUAUUUUCAAAGAAAGAUAAAGAUGAAGAAGAUAGUGCAAUUCAAAACUCUUCCACUCAUGAAAAUAAUAACCCUGAAAAUCAAGUUGCCAAAUUUGACGACGAAACCGAGGUACCUUAUAUAGAAGCCAGAUUCACCCGAUUCGAUCUUUUGAUAUCUUACAAAGAAUUAAAAUCAAAUCUUUAUCAAAAAUACAUUUGUAUUAAGGGUAACGUCAUUAGGGUAGGUGCCAUCAAACCGAAAUGCUAUAAACUUGCCUUCGAAUGCUUCAAAUGCAAAACUAUCCAGGCACGUGUUUUAACAGAUGGAAAGCUAUCAUAUCCGAAUCACUGUAAUGCGGAUGCAUGCAAUAGCCGCAGUUUUUCUCCCUUGCUUGAUUCUUCCUUUAACCAGUUCAUUAAUUCGCAAACGAUAAAGUUGCAAGAGUUGAACGAAGAGGACUCGUUAAAAGAAAACAAAACUGAAGUAGAAAGGGAGGUUGGAAGAAUUCCAAGGAGCAUAGAAUGUUUGUUAUAUAGGGAUUUGAUAGAUAUCUGCCUGCCUGGUGAUCAAAUUACAUUAAGCGGCAUCGUUAAAGCUUCUCAAUCUGAUGGGAAAAAGGAAAAGUGUAUGUUUUCCCUGUACAUCGAGGCCAAUUCCAUCCGUAAUCUCAAUUGGAAUGAAGAGAAUGAUAUCUUUCAACAGACUCUUAUUAGUGACAGACUGGACCCAUUUUACGAGCAAAAACUAGAAUUUAGCCUGAAAGACUUGUACGCUAUCAAAAAGAUCCAGGCAAAUCCCAACACCUUUAACUUACUCCGUGACUCGCUAUGUCCUACUAUAUAUGGUCAUAAGAUCGUUAAAUCGGCGUUACUUUUAGCCUUGUUUGGGGGUGUCGAGAAAUAUGCCUGUAACAUGAAACAGUUGUCCAUUCGUAGCGAAAUACACAUCUUGUUGGUCGGGGAUCCCGGUAUAGGUAAAAGCCAGAUGUUAAAAGCUAUAACCAAUUUGGCACCUAAUGGUAUAUACGUUUGUGGUAAUUCAACAACCCAGGCAGGUCUUACCAUAACUCUCACGAAGGAUGGAAAUUCUGGAGAUUAUUCAAUCGAAGCCGGAGCCUUGAUAUUGAGCGAUAACGGCGGGGUAUGCUGCAUAGACGAGUUGGAUAAAAUGCCCAAUGCGCAAAGGUUAUCUCUUUUGGAAUGUAUGGAACAACAGAGCGUUAGUUUAGCUAAAGCAGGCAUAAAUUGUACACUCCCAUCUAGAGGUUCCAUAAUUUCGGCCGCUAAUCCUCAUGGCUCAGGUCAUUAUGAUAAUUCUAAGAGCAUUGGGGAAAAUUUGAAAAUGAGUGCGUCUCUCCUGUCAAGAUUCGAUUUGAUAUUCGUUAUGACUGAUCGGGCUAAUCAGGAAAUGGACGCAAUGCUCUCUGAACAUGUGAUAGCCUUGCAUAGCGAAUUCAGCCAUAAAAAUUUAAUUCAAUCCGCAAAAAAUCACGGGGAUCUUCAGAUUAAGACUACUUCCUAUUUUAGCAACGUAUUCAAAGAUUUGGAGCCAAAUGUAACGAUUAACGAUAAGAAUAUAGCUCAAUUUCGAGAAUCUUACAUUGUCAAAAAGAAAUCCCUUUUGCCGACUGUUCUGCUUAAAAAAUACUUGAAAUAUGCUAAAACAUAUGUGACGAACGUCGAAUUAAUGCCCGGGGCCAAAAGUUUAAUCAGAGAGUUUUACCUCGAACUGAGGACUAAAAGCUGCGAUAUGUUGGGAAUACCCAUCACCAUUAGGCAAUUGGAAUCGCUGAUUAGACUCACCGAAGCCAGAGCUAAAUUAGAUUUAAGGGGAAAAGCCGAUGAAAAAGAUGCCAUCGAUAUAAUCAACAUCAUGAAACACAGUAUGUGGGGAGCUAACAGGCCCAUGACUGUGAUGGAAAACAAGGUCGAAUUCUAUAACAGCAUAACGAAUAUUAAUAAUUCUUGUGGAAAGAGUUAUAAGGCUCAGCCAAAAAAAUUUAUCGAAAUUUUACGGGAAUUGUCAAAACAACGACAAGAUGGUGAUAUAUAUUCAACUCGAGAAUUAUUGCAGAUAAUUAAAGAUUAUCACAUCAGAUCGAAGAAUCCUCUAGAUUUCAUUCAAUCACUCAAUUUUCAAGGCUUCCUCGUUGAUCGCGGUAGCUCUAAUUACAAAUUGACAAAAGUUGAAUUCAAUGGAUAAGAAUAUAUGUACAGCUUACAGGUUAUAACGCUACUUUUAAAAGCAGGGCCUUUCUUUCCUCUACCGCUAAUUUUCAAUAACAAAAAAAUACACUCGCUAAUUUCCC